AUUAUCUCUAAUGCAAAACGAUCACGUGGUACUCGAGGUAGAUAAACUGGCAUCGACCUUUCGCUUUCGCACCGAGGUCUAUAUAGUCAGUCGACGACAGGCGGCGAUUAAUAACGAAAAAAAUGUCGCUCUCCAAGCCGACAAAUAUUUUGUACAAUCUCGUCGGCGCGUAUCUACAGCGACUCUACACCAGUCCCUUGAGAACAAAAGCCAUAACGAGUUGCAUUAUCGCCGCUCUUGGAAAUGUGGCAUCUCAGAAACUAUCUGGCGCCAAGCAGCUUAACGAGGACAGCGUUCUGGCCUUUGCGCUAUUUGGCCUGUUGUUUGGAGGACCAGUACCCCAUUACUUUUACACAUACAUACGAUUGCUCGUGAAGAAUCCUCUGGGGAUACUUCUGAUAGAGAGACUCAUUUACACACCGUGUUUUCAGGCGCUCGCGCUCUACCUGCUUGCCAUUUUCGAGGGCAAGCCCCAUCGAGUGGCAUGUGUUCAGAUGCAAAGAUUAUAUUUACCAACAUUGAUGGCUAACUUGAAGUAUCUGACUUUGUUCCACUAUAUCAAUAUAAAAUAUGUUCCACCAAUGUUGAGGGUCUUAAUGUUGAAUCUCGUUGGUUUCGCAUGGGUUGUCUAUCUUGCCAAAAAGAGAACAAAAGCUUCGAAAGACAAGUAAAAGAAUAUGAGAACUUAUUGUAUAAUCGUUGUUAUAGAUAUUUUUAUAUGCAAUAAUACGCUAAUGCGUAUGUGUGAUUAGGUGACACCGUUGAAGAAAGCAAAAAGUGAAAAAGUUACACGAAUAACGUGUAAUGAAUUUAUCAAGUAAUGGCAAUCUUAUGAUUGUACAAAGUGAAGUAAUGUUAUGUUAAUGAUACAUUCCAUUGUGAUUUGUUAAUAUUGGUCUAGGAAAUGUACAAAAUAUACGUCUUACUGGAAUGGUGCUGUAUAUUAAUAUAAUUGAUAAUUUUGAUAGAUAUCAGGAUAUAAAUAAUAUAGAGAUUUACAUGCGAA